AUGAUGGGACUCUCAGUUACAUGUGCCGGCGACUCGCAGGUUCGCGUCUUCGAUAUCGAAUACUCAGCAAGGAGCGGAAAUGAUGCUGCCACCUCCGCAUUUGCAGCCUCCACUCGGAGCCGGCGCUUUAAUGAGUUCUUUACUGGCACGCGGUAUCUGAGUGACGGUAAUACCAACGCCAGAUUGUAUCGAAGCCACGCCGAUAGCGUGAAGCGCAUCGUCACCGAAUCGUCACCGUUCCUCUUUCUCACUUGCUCUGAGGAUGGUGAUGUCCGCCAGUGGGAUCUCCGACUACCAUCUAGUGCAUACCCUCCGCCACGAGAUGGCCAGGGCUUCAGGGCAUACCGACAAAGGUUGGCACAUGAUGACCCCAAUGUGCCACCCCCUUUAAUCUCCUACAGGCCAUUCAAAUUGGACCUCAAUACCAUUUCCUGCUCGCCAAGCCAGCCACAUUAUAUUGCCUUGGGCGGUGCACACCUCUACUGCUUUUUGCAUGACAGACGGAUGCUUAGCCAGGACACCUCCGCUGCAAGGAGCAGGGCUACAUCAAGCGCUGCUAGUCUCAAUAAUGACGAGGAGAUGAGCAAGGCGACGCGAUGCGUGCGACGAUUCGCACCCGGCGGCAAGCACCCUGUGAAAUAUGACGAUGGACACAUCACUGCUUGUAAAAUCAGUGAUGCAAAUCCCAAUGAGAUGGUUGUUAGCUGGUCUGGGGAUCACAUCUACAGUUUUGAUUUAGUCCGCAGCCCAGAUGCUCGAGAGACACAGGCGGGAAAUAAAUCAACUCUCAAGGGCAAGAAUAGACAGGCUCGCCGCAGUUCACGGAGCCGGAAGCGCAAGAAGCCCGGAACACCUUCAUCGCAGGAAAGUGGUGGCCGACAUCAGUCCCAUCGUCGCUCAGUAGAGCCAGAUACUUUUAGGAUCCAAUACGAGAAUGGCGAAGCAGAGGAUGUUCCAUUCCCCACGUUGUCAGGUAGUGUCCUAGACACCAACCCCGAGCAUUUGCUCGAGCGGGCUCGGUAUUCUGUACUGAAUGACGCCCAGCGAUUGAGCAUGCAGAUCGCAAAAGGGUUGGUAAAACUCCGAAAGUCGCUGUUCUCAGAAACUACAGUUCGGGAGGCCGCAGGGUCUGAGGAUGUGGGACCCGAAUCCUACACGAGAUGUUUUUCAUCCGCCCUGGAAAUUGCGUCAACGAUCCUCCCGCAAAUGGGCGAUGUCAUGCGCGAAUGGAGCUAUCCCAUGAACCCAUCGCAGGAGACUGUUGAUUUCCAGCAAUCACUUCGUCGCAAUCGCCAAUCUUCGUGGAGAUUUGUCCAAGCUGCUGGCACACUCGCUCAUGCAUUGGCAGAUCAAACACAAGUUCCGGAAGAAUCAAACUUCCAGAUGAUCAAGCCUGCGCCGGGCGAAGAUGACCCCAUUGACCCAGCAUCCCAGUUUGGCUAUGAAUUUCUCCGAGCAAUUCUUCUCUGGCUGCAGGGCGGCAGACAGCGCCUUCUAGAGGGAUUUCAACGCCGCAACGCCCCUCGACGAUUACAUUGCCGAUUCCCAAUCCCAGAUGAAUCGGAAGAGGAUGCCAUCGAAACAAUCCUGGUGCCCUAUAUUAUGGACUUGGCGCGUGACACUCCGAUCGUGAAUGUGGAUGCCUCCAGAUUCGAGCAUGACAGUACGCGCGUUCUGUUCCAGACCCAACGGGCUGCGGUGACUGCAUUUGGGAAUGCUGUCAGGUUACCCUUGGAAGAUCUCGGGGACUCAGCUGCUCGAUUCGACAGGCGACGUGUUUCUAAUCCCGUCUCACAAAUUCGCUCUCUCGACCGUGCCUCUGCGAAGAGGUUCUGGAUUUUGCGAGUAGGCAGAGGAAUCUUGAUGCAGACAGGCAGUGAAGUAAAUUACAGAUUUGUCAACAAUGCUUUCGGCGGACUUCACGCCAUGAUCGACGAGUCUGAGAGUGACUUGGAUGAAGAGAGAGACCAGGCUGAUAUCGAUCCCAAUGAGGAGGAAGAACGAAUCCAACACGUUGAACUCAUCAGGGCAAGUGGUUCUGUUUCCGGGCAGAAUAACCCCCGGCCUAGAAGUUCCCAAAGCGAUGCAGCUUCUUCGAACAAUAGCGACGUUAAUACAGGUGAGGAUGGUAGUGAUGAUAGCCAGACACAGGAGUCAACCGAUGACGAAGAUCUCGAUGGCUGGCCCAUGGAUUCCUCUUCGGAUGAAGAUUUUGAGGAGUUCGAUUCCGAUGACACUAUGGCCCAGAGAUAUGCUAUUCGAAGGGCGCGGCGUGAAAUGGUCGAGCGCCAUGCUCCACGUGUACCUCAUAUGCGAAGCUAUCGCGGCCACUGCAAUGUCAGGACCGUCAAGGAUGUCAACUAUUUCGGACUGAACGAUGAGUACGUGGUCAGCGGCUGUGACUCUGGUCAUAUAUUUAUCUGGGACCGCAAGACGUCGAAGCUGGUCAACAUCCUAGAAGGUGACAGUGAGGUUGUCAAUGUUGUUCAAGGCCACCCCUAUGAACCAAUGAUCGCCACUUCGGGAAUCGAUAACACUGUCAAAAUCUUUUCGCCAGACCAAAACGCUCAGAAUGAUGCCCGUAACGGUGUAAAUAUCCUCGACCCCGACAAUCCAUCUAACGAGUUUGGACGAACCGGCUCCAGUAUCGGCGGCCUCGAGAGCCGGAAGCGAGUUCAUGAAAGCUACCGUAUCAUGAGCCAAAACGAUGUUGAGCGUCGUGGUGGUAUGAACGAGGCACACAUCACUCGGAGUAUGCUCGAGCGCUUGGCUGGUAACCUUAGGGGCCAACAUGGAAUUGGUGAUAUUGCUAUCACCGGUGAUCACCCGACUAUUGUCAUCGAUGAUAAUUGCUCGGUGAUGUAA